UAGCGCCGGCCUUGUUCGUUGUCAUAUCGACUGGAGCUAAUCAGGAUCACUUUCGGGAAGUCUUGGUGUCUGACGCUCUCCAAACUGCCACCAUGCCUCGUUCAAUAAAGUUGUCAUUACUGAUCAUCUGGAUCCUUGUACCAGCGAUAUUGACUCAAGUCCCAGUGGGUGACGAAGGCGACCCCGAACACCACCUCUCCCCCUCUGUAGAUGUAAACGUAGCAGUCCAAAUUACAGUGACCAUAACUAUUAAUUGUGUAUCUGGUAAUAUGAGUGUACAAGAACAGACCAAAGGAAUCAUUCCUGUAUCUCAGUUGUCUGAUGGAGACUUCAUCCGGGGAGUUUCCGGACCCGAUAGUACACCUGGUUGGUGCAGAGUAGAAGCCGUUUCUCCCCGCUCAGAAGAUGCUAACAUUACCACAUAUGACGGUUUCACCGCAGACCACAUGGUUGUCGACGACGGCCUGGUACACCAAUAUGGAAAAAAGGGGGAACUGAUUAAGGGCCGCCUCUAUAAUGUUGUCACAGAGUGCGACGCAGCAGUGAAUGCAGUUGGCCAGGUGUUUACACCCAUAAGCACCGCAUUCUGUCCUCAUGAUCUGGAAUGGAGUGAGUACCUGAUUUUGAUGGCCGCUAUUCGACGCGUCACAGAUCGCACUGGGUUUUUCUGGUACUUAAACGAUGCCUUUCAUGACAACGACACAGCCCAUAUACCUCUAUGGAAAGACAUGCUGCAUGAAAUGUGUCUAGAGCUAUUGAACUGUGCCCGCGAUGGAAAAUGCCAGCAGUUUGAGAAUUGGGUGGCCGAAUUUAUCCGAGAACACGUGAAUCAAAAGUACUUGGCGAUUGUCAAAGAUGUAUUUCCAAACAUGGGUGGUGACGUAACCAAAGAGGAAGCUGGUACCAUCACAGAGACCGUUCGGCCAAAGGGAAUGAAAAGCAUCACGUUCAUUGCUGCUGUCGGCAGCGCUAUAGUUGGAUUCAUGCUCGUACUCCUUGUUGCCGCCAUACUGUACCGCAAAAAGUAUCACCGAGGAAACAAGAAAAUGCAGGAUCCGCAAGCAAGCCACCCACAAGUCGACUGUGACGAUGGUAAAGCUUAGACCAGUUGACUGGAGUUGUGUGAUACAUGACGUACCCAUGGCGUGUGACAAGUUUAAUAGGGAUAUAUAAAAGCGUUAGUAUUAGGCUCAGUUUAAGUAACGCAGCUGUUGAACUCUUUAGCUCUUAAUGAUAACAAAUGUAUCGAAGUUAAGCAUUUCCUUGCAUGGAUUUCAGGUUUAUUGCGUAUACUGUGCGACUAAAUCUUUUUCGCUGUGUGUGUGAGUGUAAAUGAAAUCGCACAAGAAUUUUCACUGAUGAUUAUUAAUGAGGUCCUGGUAUGGAGUCUAUGGUUUUCCUAGUUUAGGCAAGUCUGGUUAAAAUGAUGAAUGACUGCCUUUUUCAUGCAAUAUCUUAGCCCAAUCAGACUAAAGAGUUGUUAAGUGCAAAUCAGUUAUACAACGUCUCGUGCCAAUCACAGCUCAGGUAGAAUACUUGACGAAAAUAUUUUUAGCUUUUUAACGAUAUCGAGUGUAAAGCUUUUUUAUUGCGCUCUCAGAGAUGCUUUAAGUGUACAUUCCAUGAACUCGUUAUUCUAAGCUAAACUUCAUUUGGUCUUAUGCUCUAUUUCAAAAUAAUAGAUUUUAGGAUUUUUUAACUGAAAGGUUGACACAGUUAUCUUCAUUUGAAGCUAUUUUUCAAUACUUUGUUCAUUGGAAUCGUAAAGAAUAAACUGCUUUUUACUUCAA